CUGUGUCCCUUUGUGUUUCUCCUCUCUGAGGGCUCGGGUAGGCCCCCAAGCCUGGGACCACGGGCUGCUCCUAGGAGGACAGCCUGCUUGUAGGGUGACUGGAGAACACCGGGGACUUCCCGAAGUUGUGUCGCCUGAGCUGGGCCUCAAAGGAUGGGGGAUGGGAAGCAUCUCAGGAAGAGGAGCGACCAGUGCAGAGGUUGAGAGGUCUGGGAAAUCCCGGCGGCAGGGGCAGAGUGAGGGUCUCCGGAGGUGGUGGUAAGAUCCCUGUUCCACCUGCUUCCUGCUGGGGCCUCAGGCCCCAGCUAGGCGGAGACCCGCUGGGCACUGGCGCUGGUCAGGACCUGGGGCUGGAGGUUCCAGCCUGACCCAAACAGCCGGCCCCUUGGUCUCUGGGAGACACAAUGCCAGGACUGAGGGGGAAACCGCGCAGUGGUGAAACGGUCAGGGAUGGGAUUGGACCCCAGGGCGGGAUUCCUGUAGUAAUAGGCCGAGCUGUGCUUGGCUAACCCAGGAAAAGGGACCCAAGAGUCCCUCACGCAAACCUCUGCGCGACGGUGAUGGUGGGGCCUCCCGCAGACCUUGGCCAGGCAAGAGCGGAGCUGGCCUGGGCAUAGAGACCUUCACUCACUCCGGGAGCGGGGGGAAGCCGGUACAGUCAUGAGGCUCCUGAAAUGGAGAGGCUGGGACACAGGAAGGUAGCCCGGGGAGCGCGCGCUUAGCAACCCCAAGUCAGUCCGGAACGAGCUCUGGACAACAGCGGGUGAAGGGAUAGCGGGCGGCGGCGGGGCAGGGAGCUGUCGGCGCCCUCCGCUACCCGCUAAGGGCAAUGGUUUCCCUAACUCCAGCUGCCGGGGGCGCCUGUGAUUGGUUAAGGGCCGACGGCCGGCGCGCGGAUUGGCUGCUCGGGGACCAGGGGCCGGGCCGCGGGGCAAAGUCCGCCCCCGAACCUUCAUAGGGGAAGCCCACCACAAGCACCCGCAGAUCCGAGGCUGUGCGGCAGACUCUCCCGGACCGCGGAUAGGAGGCGGUGAGCCGAGCUCCCGGGCGCAGAGGCACCAGAGCCGGUUCAGGGCGCCUAGCCGCUCCACCGAGGCACCGCCGCGCCCUGCCUGGAGGCCCGCGGGCCGUCGGGCGCCCGUCUCGCCUCCAACCAUGGGGUCGGCGGCGCUGGAGAUCCUCGGCCUGGUGCUGUGCCUGGUGGGAUGGGUGGGCCUGAUCCUGGCGUGCGGGCUCCCCAUGUGGCAGGUGACUGCUUUCCUGGACCACAACAUCGUGACGGCGCAGACCACCUGGAAGGGGCUAUGGAUGUCGUGCGUGGUGCAGAGCACCGGGCACAUGCAGUGCAAGGUAUACGACUCAGUGCUGGCACUGAACACCGAGGUGCAGGCGGCGCGGGCACUCACCGUGGGCGCGGUGCUGCUGGCGCUCGUCGCGCUCUUCGUGACCCUGGCGGGCGCGCAGUGCACCACCUGCGUGGCCCCAGGGCCGGCCAAGGCGCGGGUGGCCCUCACGGGCGGCGCCCUCUACGCGCUCUGCGGGCUGCUGGCGCUCGUGCCGCUCUGCUGGUUCGCCAACAUCGUGGUCCGCGAGUUCUACGACCCGGCGGUGCCCAUGUCGCAGAAGUACGAGCUGGGCGCGGCGCUGUACAUCGGCUGGGCGGCUUCUGCGCUGCUCAUGUGUGGCGGCGGCCUCGUGUGCUGCGGUGCAUGGGUCUGCGUCGGCCGCCCCGACUUCAGCUUCCCGGUCAAGUACUCCGCGUCGCGGCGGCCCACGGCCACCGGCGACUAUGACAAGAAGAACUACGUCUGAGGGCGCCGGACUCGGCGGGGCCCCUCGCACGAGCCGGACAACUGGCUAGGGGAGCCCCGCAUGGACGGCAUCCGAGGCGAGGCCGCCCCCGCGCGGUCUCCGCGGAAUGGCCGGCUCUGCGCCUGGACGUGGCACACCGACCGACCGAGACCCUGCUCCCGCCCGCAGCCCGUUCUCUCCAAUAGCAACUAGCCGGGUCCUGGGCCUCGCCCUGCUCUGAACAGGAGCCACACACUUGAGAGGACUUGCUCGGUUUCUUUUUCUGUGCGCAGAGCUUACUCCGAUGUGGGUGGGGCGCGGGUCCCUUUGGCUGAGUAGACAAUGGACUGAAAUGCCAGUUCCCUCCCGGACCCUCAGAGUCUUGGAUGCCGUCAUCCUUACCAGCAGCUCCUGCGGAUUCCAGGAGGGCAGACAGAGAGCGCAGGGACCCCAGCCUGGGCUGCCAGAGGGAUGUAUACAACUGGCCUCUCCCCCAACAGCAGGGGCCUGAACCCAGGGGGACUAAAAGACUUGGCCUGGACCUCCCUGCCUCACCCCGGCAGCUCCCCAGGAGAUGCUUAUGGGCACCAGAUCCUGAGUGUGGAGCUGGGGCCCUGCCCUCCUUUGCAGCUUGUGGGGAGGGUAAGAAUUUGCUUAGUAAAUGGUUUGAAUACCCUC